UUCUCCUCUCCUCGCACCCCCCACCCAACCGCCCCCUAGCCACAGCCCGUGCCGCAAAGAAAACAUUGUCGUUCGUGGUUCGUGAUUGCGUUAUGUGGUGUUGGUGAGCUGGCUUUACAGAAGUACACAGCUCGUGGUGAUAUGGAUUGGGCGUGUGUUAUGCGUGAUCUUCGCUUCGCUGGGAGGGGGAUCAUUAUUUGAUGCCCCGAUUCGCCAAAUCGCAUCUCAAGCUUGUGCUCAAUCAAGUACUGCAUCGGCUGGCGUACAGGUCUGGCCAAGCUAAUUCGAGCGAAAUGGCGGAGAAGAAGGCCAAGGUCGGCCCUCUUGAGGCCGAUGUCAUUGGCUGGCACAUAAUGUACUGGCCAGGUGGCCAGAUGAAGGUCUGCUUCAGGCCUGGAGGCCAUUUCUAUUGCGGGGAUCACAAAACAGCAGCUACUUGGAAGAUUCUCGACGGAGAGAUUCUCAUCGAUUGGAAAGACUACGGACGAUUCAUUUUCACCGUCAGCGAAGGAAAGCACUUGCAGGGGCACUGCCUUCACCAAGAGGAAUCCAAGAAGUGGCGCAAGACCAUCUACAAUGGGGCACUGACCCCUCUCGAGAAACUUCUCUUCGGAGAUGGGGACGGCACAGAGUGGGACUUCAAGUCCCCAGAUGGUACUGUAUCUGUAGAGUUCAGGUGUGAUGGUGAGAACCAUUUCGUGUGUUUCACCAAAGAUGGCGAUGCGCACUGGUCUGUCGACAAGAAGGGGAAGACGAUCAUCAUCGAUUGGGGGAAGCACGGCAAGUAUGAACUGGAGGUCGAUGUCAAGAACAAGACCAUGGACGGGUACCACAUUCGUGAAGGUGUCGAGGAUCCUGAUGAGGACAAGGAUUGGCGCAAGAUGGAGUUCAUAAAGAACGUCGUCGAACCGAAAGCGAUCGUUCAUGGCGAUGAUGGCGCAGGAGACGGGGACGGCCACGGCCACAGCCACGGCGACGGCCACGGCCACACCCACGGCGUGGGCCACGGCUCUGCCCACGACCACGGCGGCGGCAUUGUGGCGCUCGGCAACAUCACUAUCGGAGGCGAAAAGUUCAUGGUUGAUCGUGAUGGGCAGCUCGACAAGGGCUUUGAGACCGAGUUUGGGGUAGAGCCCGUGGGCUCCGGCAAGGUCGCGGGGUUUACUGCAUGGGUGCAGGACAGCAAGGCCGGGGGAAUCAGCGAUCCGGUUACAGGGGAGGGUCAUGACGACCAUGCGCAUUUCAUGGUGACGCCGACGGCCGCUGAUGGUGACAAGUUCGCGAUCAAGUGCGGCGACCAGGUGUCAACGAUCAACGUGCAUCCUGGAGCAGCCCCUACCCAAGGAGGCAUCAUGGCGGUUCUUGAAGACGCUGAUGGAAAGCAUGUUGGUUUCAUCGAGCUGAAGCUUCAUGACGAUGCCGGUGACCUCGAGCUUUGGAUAUGCAAGGACGGUGCCAUGUCAGAGCCACUGGAUUUCCUUGCAGACACGACGAUCACAGCAACCUUUGCGACUAAGGAAAAUCGCAGCGUUCAGCUGAAUGUACGCGACAUGGACAAGAAUGAGGACGAGGAUGGCAAUGCGAACAUGAGAGACGGCAAGACGAACUACUUCGUCUUCCCGGGGGAGAGCGAUCAGGACCCAGAGUUUCUCGUCGGCGAGAAAUUCCGAUCGACCACCACAGUGACGUUCACGGCCAAUGGCAAGACGUACACCGCACCUCCUUUCAUCCUGGUGCCGCAUAUGUAGAGACCAGCAUGAAGCAUGACUUGUACAGAGGGGUGAUUUGAUUCGAGAGAUACGCACGCGGUUUUGGCAUACAUAGUAAAUCUCCGUCCGAGGUCUGUGACAAAUCUCCGCGUCAUUCAUCGCACACUCCUGCUCUGUUUCCGUUCGGCUUCACACUGCGACGC